AUGUUUUGAUUCACUCUAGGAAUCUAAAGAUGGAAAGAGCAGGUUUCUGGAUGGUGCCUCCCUUUUCUUGAGGUUUCUACUGUGCUGUUAAUUUCUGCUCACAUCGGCUUGCUUCACUUUGUGAUCCUCCAAGGGAAAAGGAAGUGGAGAGGAAUGAAAGUACCCCCUGUCCCCCGAUUCAGCUCCAGAGUACAAGGAUGGUGAUACAGUAAAUGGUCACCUUCAGAAACUGACUUUGUUCAGUCUAAUGUCCAGUUGCAUCAGGACUUAGCUAGUAAUGUCCUCUAAGAUGUGGAAAAGAAAUGACUGACAGAGCCUUUCAGCUAGGUUUUUGAACCGCAACCACAACAGGCUACCAGAGACUGCCUGUGCUUGUGCUUGUGAAUUGGUUAACCACACCAAGCUUCUGAACAACACUGAGCUGAAAUGCUGAAAAGCUUUGCGAGUUCUCCGGUGGGUGUGGCUGUAGGCGUUUCCCUCCUAGUACUUUUGCUGGCCUGUGGAAUUGGAUGUGCUUGGCAUUGGAAUCGCCGGGAAACCACACCACUUACCUUACCGAAAUUUAUGCAAAGAAGAAGCAGCAGGCAUAAAGACUACACAAAAAACGUCGGCGUGUGUGCCUACGUGACUGGCCCAAGCGCUAAAGCCUCAGUGGAAAGCAAAGGGCAGAAAUCUACUGCCAAGGGAAGUAAGAUGCAUGAUAACUACGAAAAUGUGGAAGUGUGUCCUCCCGGCACUGAAGGGGAGACUGAGAAGGGCCUGUAUGAAAACACGCAGCCUUCUAAUCUUGAGGAGCAUGUCUACGGGAAUCAGACCGACCCCCUCUAUUAUAACUUCCAGAAACCUAGUCCUCCUCCUCCUCAAGAUGAAGACAUAUACAUCCUUCCAGAUUGCGACUAGCUGUUCAACAGAGACUUGUGGCUGGAAGAAAAUUGAUCAUGAGGCCUCCGGGUGGACUGAAGUCAUCAUGAUCAAAUUAUUCCGAUGAAAUCAGUGGUCUUUUUCCUAUCACCACCCUUAUAAAUCCUCACUAAGAGAACCAUUGUAGACAAGUUCUAGAAACUGCGCCCCCUCCACGCAUGCCCUGUCUUCAAUUAAAUCUGUGCUGUAUUAUGUUCAUUUUUCUUUUUGAAUAUUUCCUGUAACGACUUUCCUUCUUUCCUUCCUCUACCAUCUCUGAGGUUCGGCAUUAUUGCAGUCUCCUGGCAGGUCAUCCUUCUCCUGUCCUGAGGGGCUAACCCAAGGCCUUUGACAUGUUAGAUAAGUGUUCAACUGCUGAGCCACACCUCUAGCCUGAUCUUCUGAGAUACCGCCAAUCAAUAGCCUAUGGCCCAAUAGGUGGAUCUUCAGAAAACAUUCUAGGUGGUCAUGUCAUUACUUUGCAAAAAAAAAAAUAAUAAUAAUAAUAAUAAUUUUGAUGUUGUUUGCAAAAGAUGUAAAACUCGAAACCCUAACUCCAGAAUUCAUGACUUUUUCAGUUACAACUUCCUUUGUCAAUUAAUUCCCCUAACCCCUCCCUUCUUUACUUGCAUCGGAGACGUCUCAAAGCUCCCAAGUCCCUCUCUCAACUCCACAGUGUGACUUGUCUGCCUCUAAAGCCUGCCUCAGAUCAUAAUUUCUUCCAACACCCCCUAUUUCAAACCUACAUUUACUUUUUUAGAUCUUGCUGCCUGAUCAAUUCUUUGAGCAUUUAAAAAUAUGAAUGUUUGCUGUGCAUUUUAUGACUAAUGUAAUAUGAGGAUAUCUUCAGUUGCAGUUAAAUGGAAAUGAACUGGUUCCUAGUAAUACUUUUAGAUCCAAAGACAUCAUAUGAGGAAAUAAAGUUUGGUUAAUUGAAAAAGAUGUAAAUCUUGCAGUUUGUCAAGUAGUUUUGAGAAAAAACUAAUAAAUUUACUAAUUCUAAA